AUGUCAGGGACAACAAAUGCGGAAUCGGAGGGAGUCUCCAAAGUUCAAAUAAAAAGACAGAUCAAGACAAUCGUGGAAGAUUUGGAGAACAUCUUAGGGGACUUGAAGGAUGUAGCGAAAGAACUCAAAGAGGUUGUUCAUGAAAUAGACUCUCUGACCUCAGACCUCCAGCUGGAAGAGAUGGCAAAUAGCUCAAAGACUGACACACUGAACAGCAGCUCGAGCAGUACCACAACCACUACUACUGCCUCCAGCAUUGAAAGAAUUAAGAUCUACCCUGAAGACGCCUUCCUCAGGUCUCCGUCCCUGGCCUCUGGCAUGCUCACAGUACUGAAGAGGUCCCAUCCUCCUCUCCCACCCACUCGCCUGAUGCCAGCGCGAGUCGAGGACCACAGCAGGAGCCUGUCUUCAGGGAACCAAGCCAAAGAGGACAGAACACUCAUGCGCAAUGGCGGCUUCUCUACAAAGCCCAUUAACAUACCAGGCAGAGAUUCAGUAUGCAUACCUAAAAGUUCGACAGAGAAAGGACUGACUCUGAUACCCCUUCUGCGGCACAAAAAAAAUCGAUGUCCCCAGGUGACACGGGAAAGGGUGCGAUUCAGUGAAAAGGUACAGUACCAUGGCUAUUGCCCAGACUGUGACCUACAGUAUGACAUUGACAACAUAGAUAUGCACUUACACAGUGAACUUUUUGACAUGAAACUAAGCCCCAUUCAUCAGUGCUCCUCCAUGGCCCAAACCCAUGUUUUGAUGGAAAACGGUGGGCUGAGCCUCAGUCACAGUUUUCCUCCUUCAACUCAACCUUGUGUGCCUCUUCAUGCUACUCCAAAACCACAGAAAACCAUACUACGCAAGUCCACCACAACAACUGUUUGA